AUGGCCAAGAAGGAUAAAAAGGCGAAGGAGAACAAGAAAGCCAGAGCGGCAUUGAAGAACGAAAAAGCAGGCAAGAAGGCCGAGCAAAAGAAUAAGAAGAAGGCUGUCAAGUUUGGUGAUAAUGAUCUCGAGGACGACGUUGACAUUGACGAGCUGCUAAGCAACCUCGCAAAAGAGCAGGAGCAGUUUGAAGCUAUCAACAUAGAAAUUGUGAAGAGACCUUCCAAACGUCUCAAUGGAACGCUUGUUGGAGCCAUUAACAAUGGUAAGAAAGAGCUGGUACUGUUUGGUGGUGAGACUUCAGACUCUCAAACAGUUCAUUUUUACAACGACUUAUUUGUCUAUUCGGUUGACAAUGACAUCUGGAGGAGAUACACCUCGAAAAACAGCCCGUUGCCGCGUUCUUCGCAUGCCAUGUGUUACCAUCCCUCUGGAAUCUUUAUUAUGAACGGAGGUGAAUUUUCUUCGCCAAAGCAGUCCACGUUCCAUCAUUUUUCGGAUACUUGGAUUUUGGACAUCCAGUCGAAGGAGUGGAGUAAAGUGGACACCAAGAAAGGUCCCAGCUCGAGAUCUGGUCACAGGAUGACUUAUUGGAAGAAUUACGUUAUUCUGCAUGGUGGGUUCAGGGAUCUUGGAACUAGCACCACAUAUCUUAACGAUGUUUGGUUAUUCGACAUCACCACCUAUAAGUGGAUCCAAGUUGAGUUUCCCCCAAACCUUCCAGUUCCAGAUGCCAGAUCUGGCCACUCUCUGAUUCCUACUGAGGAAGGUGCUAUUGUGUGGGGAGGAUACUGUAAAGUCAAAGCAGGCAAGGGUCUGCAGAAAGGCAAGAUGUUGAGCGAUGGGUGGAGUCUCAAGAUGAAAAGUGAUCCCAAGGGAAUAAGAUGGGAAAGAAGAAGGAAACAAGGAUUUCAGCCUUCGCCUCGUGUUGGUUGUUCAAUGCAACCCCAUAAAGGCCGAGGAAUUCUGUUUGGUGGUGUGUAUGAUUACGAAGAGACUGAAGAAAGCCUUGAGUCUGAGUUUUACAACACCAUCCUGUCGUAUAACUCUGAGACGAACAGAUGGUAUUCGUUGGCAUUAAGAGGCAAAAGGGCCCAGAAGUCGCAAGUUAUCAAGAAGGAUAGGAACAGAGACCAGGACCUGGAGGAGCUUCUGAAUUCGAUCCUUGCGAAGGCCAACUUAAAUGACAAUGACGAGUCUGAGGAAGCUGAGAAGGUUAUCGAAGAGGAGGUGGAGGAACAGCAAGAGAAAAAAGAAUAUGUCAUAGCCACUCAACUACCCCAUCCCAGAUACAACGCCUUGACCACUGUUUUGGAUGACAAACUGUAUAUAUUCGGAGGGGCUUGGGAACGAGGUGACCAGGAGUUCAAUUUGGAUUCCAUGUACAGUGUUGACCUGGCCAAACUAGACGGAGUCAAGGUUUUCUGGGAAGAUCUUUCUGAGCUUGAAAGGGCUGACUCCGACUCCGACGAAGAUGACUACUCCGAUGACGAAGACGGCUCCGAUGACUCAGAGGACGAGGAAGUCGGCGAUGAUGAUGAAGUUGCUGAAGAAGAAGAGGAAGAGGAGGUGGAAGAGGUUGAGCCCGAGAUUCCCGACGAAAGGCCAUGGUUACCUCACCCCAAAGCUUUCGAGUCUCUGCGUGACUUUUACCUUAGAACAGGUGCUGACUUUUUGCAAUGGGCUAUCUCCAGUAACAGAGAAGCCAGGGGAAAGCAUCUGAAGGGCAAGUCCUUUGACCUCUGUGAGAGCAGAUGGUGGGAGAGAAGAGACCAGGUUCGUAUUGAAGAAGAUGGCCUGGAAGAGGCGGGUGUCACUGAUGUUAUUAGAAAGGACACCACGGUCAAGACCACCAAAAGAAGAUGA